ACAAUUAUAAAAAACCACCAUCGCGGGAGACUGAAAGAUCUCAAAAUAAAACAGCAUAGAUGUCCCCAGAUCGUGUUAGACUAAUAGCUCAGUUUCAGAUAAAACUUGACUCUGUUUACUUACUCCAUUUCGUGUUAUCAUAAUUUAAUUAAUGUCAGAAAAAAUGGACACAAGAAUCGCCGAAGUCAACCGCGAGCGCUCGAGAAGACCCGUCAGAAACAAAAGAUACACCAGACGCGGCUAUGGCGAGUUGGACAAACGACCCCCAAAACGCCUAUUUACCCCCGAAAUAAAACGCUUCCUCAAAGACUGGCUGGUCAGGCGACGCGAAAACCCUUACCCCAACCGAGACGAGAAGAAAAAUCUGGCGCUACAAACCGGACUCACUUACAUACAGGUGUGCAAUUGGUUCGCCAAUUGGCGCCGAAAACUGAAAAACGCCGGCAAGGAGCCCCAACGCAAGACCUGGGGCGACUUGAUCAAGUCGUACAACAGCCAAGUGCAAGGAAACGUCGAACAUUUCAGUAUUUGUUCGGACGACAGCAUCUGGGAGGAGCCGGACAGUGAUGAGAGCCCACCUGAUCAUAGCUACACCACUUUCGAACAUGACAACAAUAAUCGCUAUUUUGCCAAUUCCCCGGAGAGGGAAAUCGAGAAUCCGUUCAGUCAAGCAAAGUACAAGAAUCACAUUAUGGAAAAAUAUCUGCGUGAUUGUCAAAAGCCGGAUGAUGAUGUUAAGCCGUCGAUGAUCACGAAGUGGUUGGAAAGUGCCGUUAAUUUCACGCCGAGUGAAAAUAAUUACGUUCAUUGGACGUUUUCGAAGAACCAGAAGAAGAAAAAGAAGGAGGUGGCUAGUCAGGUGUGUCACGGGAGGGAGGAGCUAGAUGCGGCGGAGGCGUUGACUAGACUAGCCAAUGCCAGGGCUUUCAAAGCGUGAAAUGACAAAUUUCAAUUUGCUCAGACAAAAAUUUCCAUUUUUUUAUUAAAACUUGUCCAAAACAAAAAUCCUAGUGUAAGAUUCCUAUUUUAAUAAUCACUAGAGUGGCAAAAAUCGUCCUCUGGUGGGUUACUAACACUCUGUGCUGUGAUUUUCGCCUAACACUACGUUUUUCUGAGAAUGUUUACACGACUCUAACCGUUUUGUUAUGUAGCUAAUAGUCGAAAUUGUUGUGUUUUUUUAGGAAAUUAUACACUUUUAUUGA